UUGAACCCUUCCCAUCAUCCUUUUCGAGGUAGCCAUCAUUCUCCCUGCCGAUCCAGCUCAAGCUUCAAAAUGGGAGCCUACAAAUACAUCCAGGAACUGUGGCGUAAGAAACAGAGUGAUGUCAUGCGAUUCUUGCUUCGUAUUCGUUGCUGGCAAUACCGUCAAUUGUCCUCAAUCCACAGAGCACCAAGGCCAACUCGUCCCGACAAGGCCAGGAGAAUGGGCUACAGAGCCAAACAAGGAUUUGUGAUCUACCGUGUACGUGUACGCCGUGGUGGUCGCAAAAGGCCUGUACCUAAGGGUGCCACCUAUGGCAAACCCACCAACCAGGGUGUUAACAGUCUCAAAUAUCAGCGUUCCCUACAGAGCACAGCUGAGGAGAGAGUUGGACGUCGAUGUGGUGGUCUCCGUGUACUCAACUCUUACUGGGUGUCUGAAGACUCCAGCUACAAGUUCUUUGAAGUCAUUAUGGUCGACCCAUUCCACAAGGCUAUCCGUCGUGACCCAGACACCCAAUGGAUUACCAAGCCAGUGAUGAAACAUCGUGAACUUCGCGGUCUCACCUCUGCAAGCAAGAAGUCCAGGGGUCUUGGCAAAGGACAUGGAUACAACAAAACAACUGGUGGAUCCCGUCGUGCCAACUGGAAGCGCCAGAACAUGCUCCAAAUGCGCAGAAAGCGAUAGACAUUCAAAUUCAAGAACAUUUUUUUGCAUUUUUCACUUUUUUCUCAAAACUUUUUGUCAUGUCUGGUAUUCUACUGUGCUAAAGCCUGGAAUAAUAAAAGUACAUGGAAA